AUGAUCAGGUCGGUCCAAGCUGCCCAGCGCUUGGAUUCGCGGGGACACCCAACUGUUCAAGUUGAUCUCACUACGGACAGAGGUACCUUUCGAGCCAUCGUUCCGUCUGGUGCAUCUACAGGUGCGAAUGAAGCCAUUGAGCUGCGAGAUGGGGAUAAUUCUGCAUAUGGCGGCCAGGGCGUCCAGAAAGCUGUUUCGAACAUCCGACUGGUCAUUGGUCCCGCUCUAGUACAGAGCGGGCUCAAGGUUGAUACAGACCAGAGGAUGAUUGAUUGCCUUCUUAAGCAUCUGGACGGUACGAAAAAUAAGUCGAAGCUCGGCGCGAAUGCCAUUUUGGGCGCCAGCAUGGCAUGUGCCAGAGCGGGUGCAGCCCAUGCUGGGAUUCCAUUGUACGAGUUCCUUCGGCGUGAGUCUGGAGCGAAAAAACCAUUCGUCAUGCCAGUGCCGUUCUUCAAUGUCCUAAAUGGAGGUGUGCAUUCGGGCAACAAGAUGGCUUUUCAAGAGACUAUGAUUGCUCCUGUUGGAGCAUCAUCUUUCACGGAAGCAGUACAAAUGGGCUGCGAGGUUUACCAGAAGUUGAAGAAGGUCAUCGUCGAGAAGUAUGGAACAUCUGCUACCGGUAUUGGAGACGAAGGAGGGUUUGCACCACCGAUCUCCCAGCCUCAUGAGGCACUAGACCUCUUGGUUCAAGCCGUCUCUCUUGCUGGAUAUAGCGGCAGAAUAAAAUUCGCCAUUGAUCCUGCAUCAAGCGAAUUCUUCAAGGAUGGGAACUACGAUAUUGGGUUCAAAGACGACAAACCGAACUUGCAAAGCUCAAAACAGCUUACAGACCUGUAUCGCUCAUUGUUGCAAAAUUAUCCGAUCGUUUUACUUGAAGAUCCGUUCGCCGAAACCGAUUGGGACAGUUGGACCGAAUUCAACAAGGAAUGUCCAGUUGAACUGGUUGGGGAUGAUUUGCUGGUUACCAAUACGAAAUAUGUGCAGGAGGCCAACGAAAAGAGGGCGUGCAAUUCGAUGCUGCUCAAAAUCAACCAAAUAGGCACCAUCUCCGAAGCAAUUGAGGCGGCGAACUUGGCCUACAGCUUUGACUGGAGUGUUUUUGUGUCUCACCGAUCUGGUGAGACGACCGAUGAUUUCAUUGCAGAUUUGGUCGUGGGCUUAAGGACGGGCCAUCUGAAAUCUGGGGCCCCCUGCCGGGGUGAGAGAGUUGCUAAGUACAACCGGCUCAUGGAUAUCGAGGCAGAUCUCUUGGGCAAAGGUGAAAAAUGCCUUUAUGCCGGUUCUCAAUUCAGGGUGGCAUCUAAGUGUUGA